AUGACACCCCCGGGGGAGCUUUUCUUCAGCAUCGACCACCUGGUCGACAAGUUGGUCGCCGCGGCCGACCGCCACACCCUCGCCAAGCUCAUUCGUGUCUCUCGCAGCCUUUACGACCGCGUGUCCAAGCCCCUCUACACGAUCGUCACUAUCUGGGAGGACAAUGUGGACCAGUUCAUGUACCAGAACAACAAGGCCAAGGCCAAAACGGCCAACAGUGACUCGGACUGGACCGAUGAUGACCAGCCAACGACUUCCCCGCGCAAGACCAAGCGCGAACUCCUGUCCCACAUGCGCGUCAUCAGUAUCGGCUCUCACAUGAGUUCAGCGUGUGAAUCGUAUGCCGAGGUGCUCAAGACAUACGCGACCAAUGUCCAGGUUUUCCGUUUCGUCCAGACCCCCCACUCGUCUGCCCCGUGCUUCCAGUUCUGCGAGCGCAGGUUGUGCCCGUUCCACUUGUGUUUCCGUCGUACCCACAAGCUCGUUUUUCGCAACUGCUUCUGCAACAAACUUCCUAUUCCUGCGGCCUGGGACCUUGACAAGGCUACCAAGGAUGUCGUCGUCGUCCUUCCCGUCUACCUUCAGCGCUACAGCGGCAGGGACGGUACGGGACCCCAUGAGCUCGCCCACAGCCUGGUUGGCCAGUUUGGUACUGCCCGCAACAUCAAGGUGGUCUUUUGGCCCGACUGGGAUAACAGUAUCCCUGCUGUGAACCAGUUAGGCGACAUCAAUGCCAUCGACAAGGACGAGCCCAUGUUCCUCGACGUCGUCGCCAACGUCCUUAAGUCGGCCUGCUACGGUCCCGGAGCCUGUGCCAAGCCCCUCGUCACCAUCUAUGGCCUCGAAACCGUCAAGCUGUGUGACACCACCUUGGCUUACCAGCGCAGUGAUGGCCCCAACAGCCCUGUCGACCUCAAGAAGCCGCCCACAACUUUGGAGUCGCCAAUUGCCGCAAAGUUCCGCAAAGCCUACCCCAACAAGGACCCGGACGACCUCCACAGCAUUGUCCGCCAGCAAGUCGGAGGUCAACUUGAAGUCAUUACCAUGUUCAAGCAGGCGCCCGACGGUUCUGCGCAGGGCAUGCGUAUCCUUGGAUCGUGUCAGGUCCAGUUCAAGACCAUUGAGGAAUACCUCGGCAGCCUCUCCAAGGGCAACGGUGAGAUCAGCGAGUGGGACUAG